UUGCGUUAGCGCGCAUGCGCGCCAACGUCCCUGGGGUCGCGGUCGUGGUUCUCUUUCCGCUAUCGCUUGCUCUCCGUCGUCUCUCACGUCUCUACGUCUCAAAGAGUUUGCACAUUUUUCCGCCUCGUAUCCGCUAACGUAAGACUAACAUGUCUCCCCCAACGUAUAACGAUCUAGGAAAGAGCGCCCGUGAUGUAUUUAGUCAAGGCUUCCAUUUUGGCCUCUUUAAACUGGAUAUAAAAACUAAGACUAAUUCUGAUGUAGAGUUCUGUUGUGGCGGUGUAUCCAAUCAGGAUACAGGAAAGGUGUUUGGUAACUUAGAAACCAAGUAUAAGCUCAAGGAAUAUGGGUUAACGUUCAGUGAGAAGUGGAAUACCGACAAUACCCUUGCAACUGAUAUCUCUGUUGCUAAUAAAUUACUCAAUGGUCUCACUGUCGGUUACAGCUGUACCUUCUCCCCACAAACUGGCUCCAAAACUGGAAAAUUGAAGACAACCUACAAACAUGAGAAUGUAUCCUUAAAUUCUGAUUUUGAUCUUAGUCUGUCUGCUGGACCUCUAAUUAACUCCUCAGCUGUCGUGGGUUAUCAAGGUUGGCUCGGUGGCUGUCAAAUAGUAUAUGAUUCACAAAGAAACAAACUUACAAGGAAUAACUUUGCUCUUGGACUUAUUGCUUCAGACUUUGCUCUUCAUACUGCUGUGGAUAAUGGUCAAGAAUUCACUAGCUCCAUUUAUCAUAAGAUAAAACCAGGUUUAGAGGGAGCAAUUAAUUUGGCAUGGAAUUCUUCUAAUAAUUUAACGCAUUUUGGCAUUGGAGCAAAGUAUAACCUUGACAGUGAUGCUAGCAUUAGAGCCAAGGUGAAUUCUCAACUUCAAAUAGGUUUGGGGUAUCAACAGAAAUUGCGGGAUGGUGUAACUUUGACACUUUCUUCAAAUAUUGAUGCAAAGAACUUUGGAUCUGGUGGCCACAAAUAUGGUGUUUCAUUAGACCUUCAGGCUUAAAAUACGUAUCAUUACAAAGUAACUCUUAUAAAAAAGCAAAAAAAUUUAUCCCAUAUAAAUAAAUAUUUCAUGAUCGUGUCAAAAUCGGCACAUGACAGUACAUGGUUCGAAUAAAGUAUUACUUGUAACGUAUAGCUCGGUUGAUUCUUGAGUAAUUGUGGUAAAAUAUCGUCGUAUAAAUGCAUUAUUUCAGAUUAGUUGAAGGAAACAUUAGCCUAUAUUAUACAUAAUUAUGAUCGUAAACUAGCAAUAUCUUUGAACAAUAUAAAGUCACAAUUAUGUAGAUUAGACAAGUUUGUACUAUUAAUCUUAUUUAGUCCCUACAAUACUUUACACAUGCAGCUUAUUAGUUCCUAAAAUCAUUCUUUUUAUAAAGACAUAAAGGUCGAGAGUAAUAUACAGAGUGAUCAAUUUUUUAAUCUAUAAAUGUUUGUAUUUUGAAAACUGUUGAAUUAAAAAACGUUCUUUUGGAAGAUUGAAGGACAUCUAGGAGAAAGUUUACUAUAUAUAGAUGGAAGUGCCAAGAAAAAUUGAAGGUCAAAUGCAUUCUUUUGAAUGGAAUGACUAAUUUUUUAGUUUUUCAUAAAUCUUUUACUUUUUUUGUAAAAUUUCAUAGAACAUCGAAUAUUAAUAAAAAAUGUUAUAAAAAAUAUUUUUUUAAAAUUUAUUAUAAAAAAUAUUUUUUAAAUUUGUUAUAACAAAUAAUUUUUUUUUUUUUCAAUUUUCAAUGUUUUAUCAAAUUUUACUAUAAAAAAAUAGUAAUUUAAAAUUUUGAUUUCUAAAUUUCUUUGACGCUUCUAUUUAGCAAAUUUUAUCCUACAUUUUCCAAAACCUUCCUUAAAGUUUUUCAAAAGAACGUUUUUCAAUUCAAUUCACAUAGUUUCCGAAAUAUAAACAUUCACAGAUUAAAAUGGAUUAUUUUGUAUAUCACAGUUGUGUUAAAAGAUAAAUAAUGCAAUCGUACGAAAAAUGGUAAAAAGAUUAUCUUAAAUAAAAACAAAAAAGUUUAAAUGGAAAUAUGUAUAUACAUAUAUAUACAACAAUAUAUUUCUUUUGUAUACACACAUGUACAAGGUAUAUCAGGAUUUUUCGGCUAGUAAAUUUUACUAGUAAAGAAGAGAAAAAUAUAUAAACUGAAGAGAAGAGACACCUAUAAAAUGGUAUACACAAAAGUUUUAAUAAAAAUAUGAAAUAAAAGAAAUGAUAAUGGACUUAUAUAUAAAAUUAAAAGAAUAUAAAGUCAAUACACGAUAUUUAUCUAAUCUGUGUGUGUUUACGCGAAAUUAUAAAUAUAAUUUUAAUAAUCAUUAAUUAUAUUAUUGUUCCAUUGUGUAAAAUGUUGGCUGUUUAUGUCAGUAUAAGAUAAUAAGAAAUUGAAUUUAUUACCGUACAAAUUCUGUGUCGCAGCUUUCAUUACGGUCGGUAUUUUGAAAUUGAACAGUAAUAAUAAUUCAGCAAUAGAAGUUAUGUAGA